AUGAAUGCUGACUUUAAGAAUGCCUUCGAAGCUCUUCAUAGUAAGGUGAAACAAGUGAACGACUUCUCAUCUGGAAAGAAACUGAAGUCUGAAGGUUUCGACAAAGAGUUAAGAGAAGUAGCACAAAAUAUGACGAAAAUAACAGAUGCAGCAACGAGACAGGCAGUUCAAAGUGCCUAUGACGCCGUUAGAGCAACUGUUGUGGAAAGUCAAGAAAAAGAGUUACAACAGACCAAAAAAGACCUAGUAAAUGCUUUCUUAAGAACGAAAAGUCAGGUAGGACAUUAUGCUGCAGAUGGAACAUAUGUGCCAGCUGGUGGAACUUAUAUACCAGCUGGUGGAACUUAUAUACUAGCUAGUGGAACUUAUAUACCACCAAACCCUCCAAGAGAAGCACCUGCACCAGGACUACGUAAAACAUUUACAUCGUCACAUGGACACAGACACAGGCAUGCACAAAAACCAGCACAACAACCAACAAUUCAAAAUCCAGCACAACAACAACAACCAGCACAACAACCACCUCCACAACCAGCACAACAACCACCUCCACAACCAGCACAACAACCAACAAUUCAAAAUCCAGCACAACAACCACCUCCACAACCAGCACAACAACCAGCACAAACAGAGCAAGGACAUCAAAGAAGUAGAGAAGAAGGAAACCAAGAAUUCUUAAAAAUGCUUAAGGAAGAAUAUGAUUACCCAGAUACUCUUGACUUUAGUGACAGAUAUAAAGAAGCUAUUAGAAAGUUCAAGGAAGGAAAUACUGACCCGAACCUAUUUAGCUUUAUGGUUCAGCACCAAAUGGGAUAUAAUUUCAAACCUGGAAAAUACAAGCUCGCUAAGGGAUAUGAUUUAAUAGCAUAUCAUCCAAAUGACAUGAAUGAAUUUACUCCGAGAUAUUUUGUGUCAGAGAUAAAUGAUAAUUCAACUAUCUUCAUGAAACGCGUAAAAAAUAUAGACGGAACGAAAGAAGAAAGGCUUAUGAAUGCGGAUGACUUAAAUAGGGAACUUGUUAAAAACGGUCUCGGAAUAUAUGAAAUGCCACCAGAUGAG